AUGUUUGCUCGAUUUAUGUUCCGGACCUGUAGGCCCGCAGGCCAGGCCGUUCGCAAAUACGCUUCCGAAGCCUCACCAAAGCCAUCGUCCAACGCCCCAUUGUACGGCGGCCUGGCUCUUGCGGCUGGAGGCGCUUACUAUUAUUGGCAACGCCAACAAUCUGAUGCGCCGAAACCUUUGGAGGUUGUGCGCAAGGAACGUCCAAAUGUUUUCGUCGGUGGUGAUCAAGGCUGGGUCGACCUGAGACUUGUCGACAUCCAAAUGCUUAGCCACAAUGUUAAGAAGUUUCGCUUCGAAUUUCCAGAUCCAGAGGCAGUAUCGGGAUUGCAUAUCGCUUCUGCUCUGUUGACCAAAUACAAGGGUCCAAAGGAUGAGAAGCCAACUAUUCGCCCCUAUACGCCAGUCAGUGAAGAAGGGCAACCCGGGUACUUGGAGCUCGUUAUCAAGCGGUAUCCUAAUGGCCCUAUGUCCAACCAUUUACACAACAUGGCCGUCGGCCAACAGCUCUCCUUCAAAGGGCCCAUUCCCAAAUACCCUUGGGAAAGAAACAAGCAUGAUCAUAUCUGCAUGAUUGCCGGCGGCACAGGUAUCACGCCAAUGUACCAGAUCAUCCGUAAAAUCUUCAACGACCCCGAGGACAAAACGAAAGUGACACUUGUCUUUGGUAACGUCACCGAAGAGGAUAUCUUGCUAAAGAACGAAUUCGAAUUGCUAGAAAACACCUAUCCCCGGCGGUUCCGCGCAUUCUAUCUCCUUGACAACCCCCCGGCAGAUUGGACACAGGGUACCGGCUAUGUUAGCAAAGAGCUGCUGAAGACUGUGCUGCCGGAGCCGAAGACUGAAAAUAUCAAGAUCUUUGUUUGCGGACCUCCUGGGAUGUAUAAGACUGUCAGCGGUCCGAAGACAAGUCCAAAGGACCAGGGCGAGCUUACCGGCCUUUUGAAAGAGCUUGGAUACAGCAAGGACCAAGUCUACAAAUUUUAG